UAAACACACCCCAAGAUCUGUUGUGUGUAAGGGAUCGUUGUCAUUCCCAGAUCCAUUGUCCUCGCACCUAUGUGUUCACCUAGGUCUAUUUGGAUAAAUCACAUUAGUUAGGCAUGAUUCUAAAACUUCUCUAAUUAGUCUCGGAAGAGGGGGGACCUAAUUCUUGCGCUCGGUGAAAAUGGGUAAGAUUGGCUAUAAUCUUAAUCUUUGCUAUCGUUACUUUCUGUCCGAGCAACGCCAGACUCAUCUAGUAUUUUAAUAAACUAAACUGUUAUUUUGAGUCUUGCUUCUCAAAUAUACAAAAAAGUUUUCUUUUAUAAACAUUUCUUGUGUUUAAACAAUUGCUUUAUGCAUUUAAAAUCUUUACAUUAAAACGAGAGAUGUUCUGGUGACAUAUUUUGUUUUUAUGUUAUCUAGUUGUAGAUAAAUGUGUUAACGAUUUUAAAUUUUGUGAUUUGAAUAUUAUGUCGGAACACUUUCUUAUUUUUGAAUUGUGAACUUCUAUAAGUUGUUAAUUCUUUUUUUUGUUAUUUAUUUUUAAAUUAUUAGGGAGACCUGUCUCUCAACCGUAUCAUCCAGAUUAUGUGCCGUUUUUAUUUUCUUCUUCGCCCAAAAGCAAAAGAAUGAGCCAAAAGCAUUUUAACGAGUUUAAGGACUACGUAAAAAGGCACAUUCCAUCUAAUGAAAAACGGAAAGCUUUAAGGGAAAUUACGCUUAAUGCAGUUAAUUAUGCUGACCUCUCCAGAUCUCUUCGUAGUAGGAAAGGAUCCGAAAUUGUGAUUAAAAAAGAACCAGACUGUGAUAAUUACAUCACUUCUGGCAAUGGAAUUGAAUGCAAAACACGCGACGAUAAACCAGAGAUCGUGUAUUGCGGUACUUUUAAAACUGAAGAUGUACGGCAUAAUUUUGUAACAGUGGAGGUUGAACAGCGUAAUUUGGACUUAGUAGAGGACGAUGAAUAUAAUUUUGUCACGGUAGAAGAAGAACAACAUAAGUUAAGUAUAGAAGAUGAACGAUAUAAUUUUGUUGAAGUAGAAGAUGACGUUCGUGAAAUGGGAAUAGUCGACAAUAUAUGCAAUUCAUUUAGUGUUGCAAAUGAAGAUGAUAAAAUAAUCAGAGUAGAUGACAACAACAGAAUUGAACAUGAAAAAUAUAGCUUGGUGCGAAAUAAGAAAGAUAUUUCUGGGUGUGGCAUUCAAAGCUAUAAUUCAAAUUGCUGCCAUCAAGAUGAUUUUAAAAAAUACCGUGUUCCCAGUUCUCUCAUUCGUCCGGAAUUUGAUUGUUUCAAAAAUACAGUAGGUAGAAAAUCUAAGAAUAAAGACAAAGAAAAUAUAAGAUGUAUAAAAGAAAAGAAUAUUGAUACGGAUUUUGGAGAAGGCUCUUCCAAACAGGAUUUUAUGAUGAGAUUGAAUAUUUAAAAUGAGGAAACAAAAGCGUGUGAUUCGUAAGAUAAGAUUUG